AAGAAAAUAUUGCUGAAGAAUCAAAGUUAAUUUAGAUAGGGACGGCGUCGUUUAAUUUCCCGCCCAAGUGCUGUAAGAAGUAAGAACUCAUUCGCCACCACUGAACACUAGGCAGUGGCUCCACCAUCCACCACCCCUAUAAACCCCUAAAUCCCAUUCCACUCCGCCGUCUUUCCGACGGCGAAAAAUGUCUUUAUCCAUAGUGGAGCGAUCACUCUUCAAUGACAAAGACGGCGGCGCCACCAUCGUCAAACACCGGUUCCUAGGGUUCCUAAUCUGGCAAGCACUUCAAUCCACCGCCGUCUUCUUCCUUUCCAAAACUCUACUCCUUUCUCUCUUCACUCCAACCCCUUUCAAACCCUCAUUCCUCAGUCUCUUCGCUUUCAUAGUUUUCCACUUCUCUCUUCUCUUCUUUUCCACUUCCCUUUUCAUUAUCUCCUCUCCUCGGCCUCAUCGCGCUGCUUCUCCUUUGGAGCUUCUGCUCGGCUCAGUUAAGCUGAUAUUGGUUCCCAUUUCUAGUUCCCAGCCGCUACUCUCCUCCGAUUUCCGGCUCCGCGCCAGGGUUUCCCUUAGCUACGUGCUAUUCGUGGCGGUGUCUGCCGUAUCGGCUUCUUUGUCUAUGAUUAGUUUGUGCUGGAGCUGUGGUGCUUUCGAUCAAGUGAAGACUAGGCGGCUGGUUAUUGGAAAGUUAGGGUUUUGGGGUUUGCAGCUUGGAAUGUUCUACGCGGUCCACUAUGUGUAUAAGAAACGCUGGGUUUUGCAGUUCCCGAUUAUCCAGCGUCCUCCCUUUUUCAGCUUUAAGAUGGGGCUACCUUUAGCUGUUGGAAAGGCUCUAAAGCUUUCAGCUGUUGGUUAUGUCUUUUCAGCUCUCCUUGCGGUUUUUCUACCUUACGAGUUUAAGGGUCAACUUCCUGUAGGAAACUUUAUUACUGAGCAGAUUAUCUUUUACAUCGGAAGUUUUGUGGUGAUUCUCUGCUGGGAAUUAUCUCAUCAUUUACACCAAGUGUUGCAUACAAAGCGGUCUGUCUUUGCCCCUCCAAAAGGUUCUGCAGCUGCUGAGACAAAUCCAAGUGAACCGCUUCUUGCCUCAUUGGAGGAGAGCACACCAAAAUCUCUUCUGCAGUAUCUUGCAUACCUUGAUCUUUGCAUGGUAUGCGAGAGUAAUGUUGACCCUUGGCGCCGAGCUGCCUUCUUUGAGGAAAGUGGUGAGACAUACAAAAGAGUAAUUUCUGUAUGCUUGACCCCAGUUGAACAGUUCACGAGAAACAUAAGUGAAGUUUUGGAGAGCUCUCCAGUUGAUAACUCCUUGCAACUGUCUCGUCAGUUGCGUUCGCCAAAUGAACAGCUUGCUGAUUCAAAGAUUUAUGAAUCAUUUGAUGACUUUCAGCUACUAGCCUGGUGUGCUCGCAUUGUGGCAUCACUGACCGUGCAUUCACACAAGGAGGAUAGGUUUGGUGUUGCUCAACUUUCUGGGAGCAAUGCGGCUGUUCUCUCAACUUUGUUGUCCAGUUUAUUGGUUGUUGAAACUCUAAUGGGCAAGAAAACCAACUUACCGUCAUCGAAUUCUGUAAUGGAUCCUGCUGGUAUUAAGUGGGCUACAUUAAACUCAGGAAGGAGAGAUUCAGCUGCAGGUGUUGCAGGAAAAAGAAAAGGAGCCCCUUUUUAUGCAAAAGCUUAUUCGAUGGCUGAUAUCCUGAGGACUUCCAUCUACUGUAUUGUCUCUGCUUUCUACGAUGAGAUGUCGCAUGGUGCCAAGGCAGGGCUGCUUGAGAAGGAUUGGAUAAUCAGUAGUAAACCGCUGUAUGGAACUCGUGAGCUCCUUUCACAGAAAUUGAGGCUGUUCCUGGACUACCAAGCUACCUAGGGUGGAUUGCACUUCAUGAAGGCUGAUUUUGAAGAGGUUGCACUUGUGUUUUGAGUGGGGAUGUUUACUCAAAGGUCGAUGCCUCAGUCCUGGGAUGAGAAAUGGCGUGAAAAAGAAAAGAUAAUAUAUUCAUACCAGGUCCAUCUGGUGGUUGUUGUCUGUCAUCAGCAUAGGUUCAGAUCUUGGCGAUUCUCGUCUUUUCUUUUUUAGAUGGAUAAAUAUGGGGUGAUGGGUGUCAUUUUUGUGCAUUAUUGAGGUACGUUUUUUAGUUUGAAUUUCUUCCCUAUGGAAUCGCAUAUACAUCUGCAAUUUGCUCUUGUGCAUUUCUUUGGGAGCAGUAUAUGCAUUAAACAAUCUGUAAGCAUUUAAGAGGAAAAAAAAACAAUUUUGAGGAGAUCUGCAUCUAAUGCAAAGGCAGUUGGAAUUGAGGAGA